AACAACUAAUUAGGAACAGGGGAGUAGAAUUUUUUAUAUUUAAAGAGUGAUAUAGUUAAAUUAUCAAUCUAUUUAUUGUACUUUGAGAAAUAUGCUAAGAAAAUAUUAAAUAAGUAAAAAUGAUACAUUAUUUUCAAUAUUCGAUCACCUUAAGUAACUUUUGUACAUUUCACUCUCAAGAGACAGCGUAGAAAGUGAUUUGAGGCAUUGACAUACAACGAGGCCGGCGCCAAAUACUAUUGACUUCAAUCUAUUUUUCCCAUCUAUAAAUAUUGGUCUUCAUCCUCUCAAGGUCCUACAAGUUCACUUUUGUUCUCUUAAAAGUUCUUUAAAACACUUAGCAACUUUUUAAUAACAUCUACAAGGAACAAAAAAACAAAACAAAGAAGCAAUGGGAAGAUCACCAUGUUGUGAUAAAAAUGGACUCAAAAAAGGUCCAUGGACUCCAGAAGAAGAUAAUAAACUCAUCCAGUAUAUUCAACUUCAUGGUCCUGGAAAUUGGCGAACACUUCCUAAGAAUGCUGGACUUCAAAGGUGUGGAAAGAGUUGUCGUCUUCGUUGGACUAAUUACUUGAGACCUGAUAUUAAAAGAGGAAGAUUCUCAUUUGAUGAAGAAGAAACUAUUAUCCAACUUCAUAGUGUUCUUGGCAACAAGUGGUCAGCUAUAGCGGCUCGUCUACCAGGGAGAACAGACAACGAAAUCAAGAAUUAUUGGAACACUCACAUUAGAAAAAGGCUUCUAAGAAAUGGUAUUGAUCCAGUGACUCAUAGUCCUCGUCUUGAUUUAUUAGACUUAUCGUCCCUUCUAAAUUCGACCCAAUUCAACCUAUCGAGCUUACUUGGGCUACAAGCACUUAUAAACCCUGAAGUCUUUAGUCUUGCAGCUACUCUUUUGGCAUCACAAAAUGAAAUUACCCCAGAAGUGUUACUACAAAAAUAUCAAGAAAAUAAUCAAAUGUUCAACUCUCAACUACAAAACCAAGAAGGGUCUGAAUUGUUGUUACAAAAACUUCAACAAAAUCAAAUAUUGAAUUCCCAAUUGCAAAAUCAGACUCAAUUUUUCCAAUUCCAAAAUCAAAUUCAAGAAACACCAAAUUUCACCACACAAAAUGUUCCUUGUUCAUCUUCAUUGUCACGGCCAAUGCAAUUGGGACACGUGGAGGAAUCUUAUUUGAUGAAUGGCCAAAUGCUACCUCCACAAAACUAUGGUUAUUGUAAUUCUGAUGCUUCUGAUAAUUCAAAUUUCCAGUCACUCAACAACAACAGCAGCAAUCAGAAUAUAAGCUUAGAUUCAGUGUUAUCGACACCCACGGAAGACGAAAAAGAGAGCUAUUGCAGUAAUUUGAUGAAGUUCGAAAUCCCAGAGAGCUUAAAUUUUGAUGAUUUUAUGUAAAUAUCGAACCACAUUGUCCAAAAUGUGUGUUUCUUUUUUUUUUCGUGUUUUUUGUUGUUAUUGUUUUAUUUGUUUACUAGGGACAUUUGGAUGGAACCGUUGUUACGUUUUUUUGUUUUUUUUUAGUAUUUGGUGCAUCCAAAUUCUAUAAGUUUGUAAUGUUAGGUGGCUUUUGUUUUAGAAUUUUAUCUUUUUUAUCUAUACAUACCAGUUGUGUAUAAUAAUUUGUUUGUUGUCUUA